AUGACGUCCUCAAUUUUCCUCUCAAUAUUUCUUCUUCUACUUGUAGCUGUAGCUACAAAUGCUGCAACACCAAAGAUAAAUUACGCAAAGUGCCCUUCCGCGAUUCCCCCAGGUGUAGACUGUGGGCGGAUCAACGUCCCUCUUGCAUAUCAAAGCGGGAAUUCUACCUCUGCUAAGGGCAAUGAAACAGUCGAACUUGUCUUCACUCGGUUAAACCACACGGGCAAAGGCGAAAAGCAAGGCGUCCUUUUCUUCAACACUGGUGGUCCCGGAGCAUCUGGUGCGAUCCUCGUCGCUGGAAGUCCCUACGUCCCCGCAAUCGAAUUCUCGUCUGAUCUCCGAGACGCCUAUGAUAUCAUCGGUCUCGACCCCCGCGGUGUAGGCGUCAGCAGCCCUGUCGAGUGUGACCCCAAAGUGUUCAACCAACGCGUCAAGACUUAUGUAACAACCGAUGAGGAAUACGAUGCUCUUUACAACUACAGUCGCAAACUUGGCGAGAGCUGUGCAAAGUUGACCGGCCCCUUGAUCGACCAUCUCGACUCUGUCCACGUUGCAAAAGACCACCAGGUCGUGCUCGAAGCUCUCGGGGAAUCCAAAUUCAAUUACCUUGGUCUUUCUUACGGUACCCUUCUCGGGUAUACGUAUGCAUCCCUGUUUCCCAAGUCUGUCGGCCGAAUGGCUCUCGAUGCUAUCGUGGACCACUCGCAAUCCGAGAUCGGAGCUCUCCUCGCAGAGUCUACAGGCUACGAAUCUACUCUUAACGAGUUCUUCGAUUGGUGUGACAGAAACUCUACCUGUGCUCUUCACGGCAAGAACUCAAGUAAUGUAUGGGACCAGGUGCUCUCGCGCGCAGACUCAAAGCCCAUACCAGCACCAGGCUGCAACGGCACAUGUCGCUCCAAUGUGAACGGCGAAGAGAUCCGUUACAACGCACAAAGCUUCCUGACAUUCCAAUAUCUCACUUUCGGCCCUAACUGGCUCGAUCUUGCAGACGCUCUCCUCCAGGCUAGCAGAGGCAACGCAACAGCUCUAUCCACACCCACCCCUAAUUCCCGGAUUGUCCGAGACCCGAGCGGUUCGCCGUACAAUUAUCUCGCCAUUGGAUGUCAAGACUGGCUUCACAACUCUAAAAACUCCGUUGAUUUACGCCAGAAGCUCAUCAACGCUGUGACGUUUGCACCACGAACGCUUGGUAUGUCGCAGACAUACUAUUACGAAAGCGCGUGUAUAGGAUGGCCUGCGCCGUUGACAAAUCCACAAGGCCCCAUCGCUAGCGGUAUCAAAGAUGCGCCGACAAUUCUUAUUGCGGCUUCUGUCUAUGACCCUGAGACGAGUGUGACAAAUGCAGAGGGACUCAGGGAGCAGUUGACAAGAAGGGUGAGCAUCACAAGGAACGGGCCUGGACAUACGAGUCAUUACCUACAGGGAGAAACAAGCCAGGCAAUGGACCGGUAUCUGGCUACGGGAACACUGCCAAAGGACGGCACUGUAUACAAGAAUUAG